CUCUCUAUUCUCUCUCAAGUACUACUUUUCAGUUGUUUGCUCUUGCAUAUAUAUAUGGGUGGUUUGGCUCAUAAUAACGGAAUACGUCCAGAACCAGAUGAAGAAGAAGGAUGGGGCAUCGAACUUGUCAAGUCCGAGUCUCGUGUGGUGGAUAAAAGGGGGAGUGGGGCCUAUUUGACGUGGGAGGAACUUGGCGUUGUUGUUCCGAGCUCAAAGUGGGUUGCAGGAAAAGAUGGAGACAAAUCCUUACUUAAGGGUGUCACUGGUUAUGCAAAGCCAGGAGAGAUUCUUGCCAUUAUGGGUCCUUCUGGUUGUGGCAAGUCCACUCUGCUAGAUUAUCUGGCUGGGCGGUUGCCUUCAAAUACAAGAUACACUGGAAGAGUUCUUGUUAAUGGACGUAAACAAAGGCUUACAUAUGGUACUUUGGCGUAUAUGACUCAAGAACCAGUUUUAACAUGGACUCUAUCAGUUAAAGAAACGGUCUACUACUCAGCUGAACUCCAACUGCCUAAGAGGAUGCCAAGAUCUGAGAAGAGGGCGAGAGCAGAUACAACUAUAAGAGAGAUGGGGCUCCAAGAUACCGUGAACACAAGAAUAGGAGGUUGGGGGGUCAAAGGACUAAGCGGUGGCCAAAAAAGGCGUCUAGCCAUCUGUCUAGAGCUGUUGACACACCCCAAGCUUCUAUUACUUGAUGAGCCUACAAGUGGUCUCGACAGUGCAGCAUCAUACUAUGUCAUGAACCAGAUUGCCAAGCUUACUCAGCAAUACAAGAUGACAGUUUUAGCAGCAAUCCAUCAACCAAGUAGUCAAGUUUUUGGACUUUUUAAUAACCUUUGUCUUCUUUCUUUGGGGAAAACAAUCUAUUUCGGUCCAAAUUUUGCUGCAAAUCAGUUUUUUGCAGUAAAUGGCUUUCCUUGUCCAGCUUUACAAAAUCCUGCAGAUCACUACCUCAUAACUAUCAACACAGAGUUCGCUGAGGACACUGUGGUACCAGUUGAGCAAGUAAUCAACACACUUUCUUCAUCCUACAAGUCAUCUCAGACAUAUUUGGAUGUCCAACGUGAAAUAUCAAAUAUAAAUGGAGAGGAAGGAGAUUUGAUCAAGAGAAAAGGAAACCUUCAAGCCAGUUUCAUUACACAGUACUUGGUGCUAUCGAAAAGAUCAUUCAUUAACAUGUACCGCGAUCCAGGAUACUACUGGUUGAGGCUUGGUAUAUAUAUCAUGCUGGCAUUUUCAAUAGGAUCUGUCUCCUACCAUAUUGGUGACGAAUUUGACUCCAUAAAUACUAGGGCUUCAAUGAUCAUGUUUGUCGCGUCAUUCCUAACCAUCUUAGCCAUUGGUGGGUUCCCUUCAUUCAUAGAAGAAAUAAAGGUGUUCCAAUGGGAAAGGUUAAACGGGCACUAUGGAGUUGGAUCGUUUGUUACCAGUCAUGCCAUCUCUUCAAUGCCAUACCUACUCGUCAUCUCCUUCAUCCCAGGAACCAUAGCUUACUUGCUUAUGGGAUUUCAAAGAGAAACUUCACGAUACACUUAUUUCAUACUAGUCCUCUUUGUGUCAAUGUUGUUGGUCGAAUGUCUCAUGAUGAUCGUAGCAUGCAUUGUGCCAAAUUUACUCAUGGGAAUCAUAUCUGGUGCUGGAAUCCAAGGCUUGAUGAUACUAAGUGCAGGGUUCUUUCGGUUGCCAAACGAUCUACCUCAUGUAUUAUGGAAAUACCCCUUGUAUUAUAUUUCCUUUCACAAAUAUGUAUUACAAGGAUUGUACAAAAAUGAGAUUGAAGGGCUUAAAUUCCCAGAGUAUUUAGGAGGUCCUCCUAUCGUUGAUGGCGAGAUGAUACUGAAGGAUGUAUUGCACGUCGCAAUGGGUUACUCUAAGUGGAUUGACCUUGGAAUCUUGUUUGGUAUGGUGGUUGUUUACAGGAUACUACUUUUGUGUACCAUUAAGACCGUAGAAAGGGUUGGACCUGCGAUUAGAGCUUUAAUAUCGAGUUCAACUUUCCGUGUUUAGAAAGGCGUACUGAAUGACAUAUGUGGGUUGUUUCUGAUUCUUGUAACCACAUGAACC